ACUUAGAUAAUCAAUUCCAAAAGUCAAAAAUGGACAAAAAUUGAAAGACGAAGGGAGUAUUAAAUACUUCGGGGAGUAUUCAAAAAGUAAAAGGGGACUUUGAAAAGAAGUGAAAAAAAAAUGUUUAACCCCUUUUAGGUUCGGUUACUCCGAGCCUAAGGUUAGGUUGGAGGGCAAGUCAUCAGCCCAAAGAGAGGAGGCAUCCACACAAGAAGUCCAAAAACACUCUUGUGAAAGACCGACCUACCCUUGCCGGCGACUUUGUCUGAGAAACCAGAGACUUACUCCGAUGGCCGAUCACGACGGAGAUCGCGAAGCUGCUACGGAAUCGCUUUUGGACAAGAUCAGUGGAAAGUUGCACGGUUGCGAUUCGUCUUCGGAUUCAGACGACGAGAAGGACAAGAAGUCUCAUGCUGGCGCCGUCAAGGCCAAGAUCUAUCGUCUUUUCGGGCGUGUGAGGCCAGUGCACAGUGUCAUCGGCGGCGGAAAACCUGCUGAUAUAUUCCUCUGGAGGGACAAGAAAGUCACUGCUGGCGUGCUUGGUUUUGCAACUGCAAUUUGGGUGUUUUUUGAAUUGCUGGAGUACCACCUUCUAACACUAGUAUGCCAUGUACUGAUUCUUGCUCUAGCAAUCUCUUUCUUGUCGUCGAAUGCGUCAAUAUUCUUAAAGAAGUCUCCACUUCAUAUUCCAGAGGUCAAAAUUCCUGAGAAGAUUGUUCUUGAUGUGGCAUCUGCACUGAGGAUUGAAAUUAAUGGAGCUUUGGCCAGCCUUCGAGACAUUGCAUCUGGGAAAGAUUUGAAGAAGUUCCUUGGUGUCAUUGGUGGCUUGUUUGGUCUCUCAAUCUUGGGAAGCUGCUGCAACUUCCUUACCCUGUUUUACAUAUGCUUUGUGGUGCUUCACACAGUCCCAGUGCUGUAUGAGAAAUAUGAGGAUGAGAUCGACACUUUCGCUGAGAAAGCCAUGGGUGAGAUUAAAAAGCAGUAUGUCGUGAUUGAUGCCAAGGUUCGUAGCAAAAUCCCAAAAGGGACUGGGAAACAGAAAAAAACGGAGUAGUUUACAUAGACGCGGCUCUCAUCUCGUCAAGUACUAAGUUUUCUUUUUUCAAAUGUUUUUUUUGAGACCAUUUACUGGACUUGUUUUUACUUGUAAUGAUGUGUAACAGUUUUAAAACUCCAUGGCAUGUAUUAACUUUAUUAGCAACUGUAUUUCUUUUUACAAACAUGAGCGUUACUAAUCAUCUUAUUCUGCUAGAUUCUUAAGAGCAUUUACAAUGGGGGGCUUUUCUGCCCGUCCCAACUCCUAUAAUUAAGUAUUGUUGCGUCU